AAUAAACCCGCACAGACACUAGCGAAUCACUGGCCGCCGCACAAUGGAGACACUGUUGGUCUCCCCUUCUUCUUCCUCUUCGUCAUCAUCUUCGGCUUCCAUUCCCAGUUUUUCCCCAGUUCAACGCUCUCAUAACCUCCAUAAAAAUCCCAUCUUUCUUAAACCCCAAAACCUCUCUUUUACCAAACUAAACAGAAGAACCACCCCCUGCGCCGCCCAGAACAUGAGCAGCUCCGCCGCUUCCGCCAGCACCGACGGCCCAUUGAAGAAGGAAAUCAAAUUAUGGGGUGGGAGGUUCGAAGAGAGUGUGACUGAUGCAGUGGAAAACUUCACUGAAUCAAUCUCAUUUGAUAAAGCUCUUUACAAACAUGACAUUAUGGGCAGUCGCGCUCAUGCCUCCAUGCUAGCUCACCAGGGAUUGAUAAGCGAAAAAGACAGGGAUAGCAUUUUACGAGGUCUUGAUGAGGUAGAGAGGCAAAUUGAAGCAGGAGAAUUUGUGUGGAGGACCGAUAGGGAGGACGUGCACAUGAACAUUGAAGCAGCACUUACUGAUAUUGUUGGUGAACCUGCAAAGAAGCUCCAUACAGCCAGGAGCAGGAAUGACCAAGUCUCAACUGACUUUCGCCUAUGGUGCCGUGACAAUAUAGACAUUAUUGUUGCAUGCAUUAGACGCCUUCAGGUUUCACUGCUGAAACUUGCGAUGAAGAAUGACGGAUUGAUAGUUCCUGGAUAUACCCAUUUGCAAAGGGCUCAACCUGUUCUUUUGCAGCAUCUUCUCUUAGCAUAUGUCGAGCAGUUUGAACGUGAUGUUGGCCGUUUACUAGACUGUAAAGUGAGGAUGAAUUUCUGCCCUCUGGGUGCAUGUGCAUUAGCUGGUACUGGUCUUCCCAUUGAUAGGUUUAUGACUUCUGAAGCUUUGGGAUUCACUGCUCCAUUGAGAAACAGCAUUGAUGCAGUUUCUGAUAGAGACUUUGUCUUGGAGUUCCUUUCUGCAAAUUCAAUCAUGGCCACUCAUCUAUCUCGGCUUGGAGAAGAAUGGGUAUUGUGGGCAUCAGAAGAAUUUGGAUUUCUCAUCCCAAGUGACUCAGUUUCUACUGGAAGUAGUAUAAUGCCGCAAAAGAAAAACCCAGAUCCAAUGGAACUUGUUCGUGGAAAAUCUGCUAGAGUAAUAGGAGAUCUGGUUUCACUUCUUGUACUGUGCAAAGGACUCCCACAUGCAUACAAUCGCGAUUUGCAGGAAGAUAAAGAACCUGUAUUUGACAGUGUCAAAACAAUAAUCGGAAUGCUUGAGGUAUCAACCGAGUUUGCCCAGAAUAUUACCUUUAAUCAGCAGAAAAUACAAAAAGCUUUACCAGCAGGUCAUCUUGAUGCCACCACUCUAGCAGAUUACCUCGUUAAAAAGGGCGUUCCUUUCAGAACUUCUCAUGAUAUAGUCGGAAGGGCAGUUGCCAUGUGUGUGUCAAGAAACUGUCAACUUCAGGACCUGAGUAUCGGGGAACUUCAGAAUAUAAGUCCUGCAUUUGACGAGGAUGUCUAUGAGUUUCUUGGAGUGGAGAAUGCCGUCAAGAAAUUCAGCUCAUAUGGUUCAACAGGUUCGGAUUGUGUUGCUAGUCAGCUAGGCUACUGGGCAGCCAAGCUUGAUAUAAAUCGAGAAACAUAGCUGUGAUGCCUAUAAAAUAUGAGAACGAGUCAUCUCCAAAUUAUUACUUCCAGAACUGAGCAGGCAGCUCAAGGUCAAAACCAGCUAUGACGGAUGCUACUUCAUUACUGGUUCCAAAUUUAGCAUUCCCGAUCUGGAAUUUUUAUGGAUGAGUACUAAAUCUAGUGAUUCAUUUUGUUGCCUAAUUUAGACUCGCCAUGUUGUAUGCCUUGCUGCUUUUUACAAAAAUAUAUUGAAGUAACAAUUAGCCAUUUUAGGAAGAGGUCAUAUUAACCUCUAGAUGCUUUUCUGGAAGACUCCCUGGCACUUUUUGCAGGAAUAACAUUCGGUGAUCAUUUCCUCCAA